UAUGUCAACUCGCCUUCGGACCGCGUGUUGCUGCCAGCCUUCAAAUACCAGUCGUUCAGACCCCUUGGCGAUGUAGCCUCAUCAAAAUCAUGCUCAUCACAGCUUUGACUGCUGCGUGCUUCCUAGCGGCGUAUUUCUCAUGGAGCUACUCAUUGAAGCUAAAGAGCGUCAACUACCUGCCUGGUAUGAGACCACCCCUUUCUGCGAUUAGCGCAUUUGGUGCUCUCAUACCCACGUCUUGGUGGAACCCGGGCCUCCAUUGGUCUUGGGAGUGGAGGAAAACCAAUUAUUUCAACUAUAAGCACGACGUGAUUUCGAUGGUUCCGUUGAUAGGUCGACCGGUAUAUUACACGUGUUCUCUUCCGGUCAUGAAGCAGCUGUUGAAAGAAGAAGGCAAGCUGGGUCACAUCAAACCCACCGAAAUGACAGAUGCGGUCCUCGUCUGGGGCCAGAAUCUUCUUUCUGCCAAUGGUGACGUGUGGAAGCGCCAUAGGAGGAUCGUUGCGCCUGCGAUUACAAAUGAAACCUACGAACUUAUAUCGCAGCAGGCCGCUGCACUGUACGAAGAUAUGGUCAGAGCAGCUAAAUGGGAGAAUGAACAAGUGGUAACCGUCAACAAUAUCAAUCAGUAUAUUCGCCGUUUCGCUUUGGGGAUCAUAUCGCGAUGUGGUUUCGGCCUUCAGAUGCCAUGGACGGACCCAAAUACCAAAAAUACUGAAGAAGAGAUGUCCUUUCCAACUGCAAUGGAAUGGGUAGCAACGACUCUGGUUCCAUGGAGCCUCGUCUUGCCACGUUGGUCGUACCGACUACCCUCCAAAUGGCUUCGCAACAUGGAACACGCUCGGUCAUCGUUAGCGGAGUACAUGAACACGUUUGUCGAAACAAAAGUGCAAGAGAUCUCCGGGGUGACGGACGGUGAUGAUCAUGCGCAGCGUGGCGACAUCUUCACGCGCCUCGUGGCUGGGCUGGACAGAUCCGGAAAGACUGGCCUAGAGAAGCAGGAAGUCAUCGGGAAUACUUUCGCGCUGAUGUUUGCUGGUCAUGAGACAACCUCAAGCGUCCUGUCAGCGACUCUGGGUUACCUGGCAUUCCAUCAGGACGAACAAGAGAAGGCAUAUCAGGAAAUUUUGGCGGCGACUCCUGCCAAUGGAGAACUAGGUACAGAAGAACUGGCAAAACUUACUCAUACCUUGGCAUGCUUUCAUGAAUCUGCAAGAAUGAUACCUGCAGCGCACGUAAUCCCAAGAGAUGUCAUUGAUGAUGUCGCAGUUAAUGUAACAAGUCCUACUCCGGGAACCAUCGUGUUUCCCAAGGGUUCGAGGAUCAUUAUCGACAUGGUCGCCAUCCAUCACAAUCCCGAGACGUUUCUUGACCCUGAGGUGUGGCGCCCCUCGCGCUGGUACGGCGUAUCCGAGCAUGACCUCACCAUGUUUUCCACUGGGCCACGUGUGUGCCCAGGGCGCAAGUUCGCCCAGAUGGAAGCCGUUUCUUUCUUGGCGCAUCUCUUGCGCGACUGGAAAAUUGACAUCGAGCCCCGUAAUGGGGAGACCAGAAAGCAGCUCGAAGAACGAGUGAUGGGAAAUACAAAGUUCAUUGGUCUUGCAUUCGGGGUUCGACCUGUAGGUCUGAAGCUCAUCGCUAGGAAGUAA